AUGGUUAGGGACCGGGCGGGAGAAGCAGCUGCUCCCAGAGCGAGCGCUAUGCCUUCCGGGGGAGCCCGGAUGGCGGAGGCCGACUGCGGGUUCGGGGUAGCUGUGGCCGCGUGGUUAGGGAUCGGGCGGGAGAAGCGGCUGCUCCCAGAGCAAGCGCUAUGCCUCCCGGGGGAGCCCGGAUGGCGGAGGCCGACUGUGGGAUCGGGCGGGGCGGCCCAAGCCGCUCAGGGUGACCGCAGCUUGCAAAAGCGAAUGCUGGCUCCGGGACUUGAUUUCUGCACCCGCCGCGGUGCUACCUAUGGAGCCGGAUUGCUGUGGCCGCGUGUGCCACCUGUGGAGCCUGGUAGCUGCAGCUGCGUGUUUAGGGACCGGGUGGGAGAAGCGGCUGCUCCCAGAGUGAGCGCUAUGUCUUCCGGGGAGCCCGGAUGGGCGGGGCGGCCCAAGCCGCUCAGGGUGACUGCCGCUUGCAAAAGCGAAUGCUGGCUCCGGGACUUGACUUCUGCACCCGCCGCUGAGUCCCCUGUGGAGCCGGGUAGCUGCGGCUACCGUGAGGUGGCUGCUCGCAAAGCGAGAGCUAGGGAUCUUCAAAACCCUCCUUGCCGAGUCCUGAUCGCAGAACUACGCCCCUUCUGCAGGUUCUCGGUUCCAAGUUGCCGCGAACCGGUUGUUUCUCACGCCCCGGCGGGCCAGGACACACUGAAUCUGACCCGAACCUCGAAGGGAGCACCGCAAGCCAGGCGGCCGCCCCGGCUCAGCAGUCUCCGGAGCGCGCUGACAAUUGGCGGACCUGAUCAGCGAAUGAGGCGGAACACCGGGCUGAGCAGAUCAGGCUCUGGAGGGAGGCGGGACCGGACGGUUGAAAAUAAGCCUUUGGCUCAAGUCCAGGAGCCACCCUCCAAGAUCAAGAACCUCAAAAUGACCCGACUUUUGCAUAAGGGUACAAACACCAACAUUACUUCACUCCCUUUUAUGGAUUCCAAGGAGAAGAAGAAUGUGGUCAACAUUCUUUGUCACAUCAGCAACAAAAUUCUGCUGAAGCCUGGUGUGCUGUCCCGGGAAAUUCAAACGCACAGUCGUAAGCUGGCCUCUGAGUACAAGGCUUUAGAAGCACCUUUCCACCSUAGCAURAAGACUCAUGAACACAAGGUAGAAGAGAAACCRCCAAAGAAGCACAAGGUGCCUCUGACGGCAGCAGAAGCCCUAAAGAAUUUUAAGAGUAAGCUGUCUCCUUAUGAGCAAAGUGAAAUCCUGGGCUACACAGAGCUAUGGUUCCUGGGCUAUGCUGAGAAACUCAAUGUAGCUCCAGAGAAAUUCAGCAAGACAAGUUUUGAUGAUGAACAUGGCUCCUAUCUGAAGGUCCUGCAUGACCACAUUCCCUACCCCUACGAGGUUCUGGAGAUGAUUGGAAAAGGGUCCUUUGGACAGGUGGCCAAGUGCUUGGAUCACGAAAACAAUGAGUUGGUGGCCCUGAAAAUCAUCAGGAACAAAAAGAGAUUUCACCACCAGGCCCUGGUGGAGCUUAGGAUCCUCAGAAGGAAGGAUAAAGACAACAAGUACAAUGUGGUACACAUGAAGGACUUUUUCUACUUCCGGAAUCACCUCUGCAUCACCUUUGAACUUUUGGGAAUCAACUUGUAGGAGUUGAUGAAGAGUAAUAGCUUUCAAGGUUUCAGUCUAUCGGUAGUUCGGUGCUUCACCCUCUCUGUCUUGAAGUGCUUGCAAAUGCUUUACAUAGAGAAAAUCAUCCACUGUGAUCUCAAGCCUGAAAAUAUAGUGCUAUACCAAAAGGGCCAAAUCACAGUUAAAGUUAUUGACUUUGGGUUCAGUUGUUAUGAGCACCAGAAAGUAUACACCUAUAUCCAGAGCCGGUUCUACCAAUCCCCUGAGGUGAUUCUGGGUCACCCCUACAAUAUGGCCAUUGAUAUGUGGAGCCUGGGCUGCAUCUUGGCAGAGCUGUACCCGGGUUACCCUCUGUUCCCCGGGGAGAAUGAGGUGGAGCAGUUGGCCUGCAUCAUGGAGGUGCUGGGUCUGCCGCCAGCCCACUUCAUUCAGAUGGCCUCCAGGAGACAGACGUUCUUUGUCAGUCACUUGCAAGCCAUCAUUUCACUUCCAACUGACUUAUAA